AUGAUCAACAAAUUUGUUAUCUCAUUAUCAAAAUCCUCCUCCAUUCCAUAUUCUUAUGUGUCGAGUCAACCUAUUGGUAAAGGUUCAUACAAAGAAACAUAUCUUUACUUAUACAAAUCAAACAAAUGGAAGCCUCAUAUUAGAAUUACUCUUGUUGGAUGUCAUAUACAUCCAGGUAAUGCAUACGAAGAAAUAAAGGCAUUAGUGAAUAAUGUAUAUGCAGAUAUUAAAUCGAGAUUAGAGAAAAAAGAUAGUUUUUUAUUUAAUUUAUUAUAUUGUUUUGGAAAUUCAUGUAUCAAUUUAAAUAUUUUAAAUGAACCUAUAAUUUUAAUGGGUGAUUUCAACGCUUCGGGUUCUUACCUUAAUAAGAAUAAGCAAAAAACUCUUGACAAUAUAUUAUAUAACAAUAAUUUGAUGUGGGAAUUGAUCAUUCUAGUGAUACCACAGUUGCCACCAAAUGCAAUGCUUAUGAUCGAUUUAUAUUUGAAAUUAAAAAUAAGGAAAGAUGGAUUAGAAAUACCAGAGUAUUUGAAUUCGACAAAAUAUUGA